CAGGAGGUCAUAAGGCAAACCAAAGCAAAGGAAAAAAAAAGAAGUUAGGUUCAAGAAGAAGAAGAAGAAGAUGCAUUCAGCGAAGGAAAAGAUCAGCGACAUUGCCAGCACGGCCAAGGAGAAGCUCAACAUCGGUGGAGCAAAGGCACAAGGCCAUGCGGAGAAGACUAUGGCUAGGACUUCAGAAGAGAAGAAGAUGGCUCACGAGCGAGAGAAGUCUAAGGAGGCGCAGGCCAAGGCCGAGCUCCACGAGUCUAAGGCUGAGCAUGCGGCGGACGCUCAGGUUCACCGCCACCACCUUCCUGGACACACCGCCUACCCUAGCCGAACCACGGGAGCUGCUCAUUACCCACCGGGACAGAUCUAAAACUAAGCUAUAUUAAGACUAGCGGUUUAGUUUGCUUCUGUAGUAUGUAUGCUUUUAUGUCCUUUCUAAUAAAAAUAAAGUGAAUUAUCUUGGUUGAUUCCUC